CGCUGGCACAUACUGCCACAGCACCCGGUAUUUGCGGUCAGACCUUCAGACCGCCCAGAAAGCAGUGUCCAGUCAAGACAGGAUAAAACCCACGGCCUCCAAAAUCUCCAGACCGAAGGGACUGAGCUAAUGACAGAACCGGAGCUUCGCUUCGCUCCCUCGAGCUGCCUCACAGACAAUGCCGCGCCCUCCCCGCCGCCGGCGCCGUGGACCCGCGGGCUCUAGGACCCGGCGAACGGCGCAGGCCGGGGCUCCGCGGCCUGCGCCCUGAUCCGCUGCCGGCGGCCCCCGGGCUGCCGAGGCGCCGCGCUGCAGCGGAGGGGGCGAGGGGGCGGGAGAGUCGCAGCGCACCCCCAGCCGCCGCGCGCUCGCCUGGACCGCGUCAGCAGGGCAGCGCCGAAACCGACGGGAGCGUGGGGGCGCCGCGGCGGUAGAGCGUCCCGAUGCCCUUCUCAGGUGCGCCGGGCAGCCUCACGGCCAGCUGCUGCUGGUGCCCGGCGCCUCUGAGCGUCCUCUGGUAACUACCUGGCUCGGGAGCGUCCGAGAGCAGCGGGCGCUCGGCCGGCGGGGUGGCGCUCGGAACCACCGCCGCUCCGGGAGCGCGGGCGGGCCGCGGGCGUGGCGGUGCCGGGCUGCCCCUCAGCUGGGCUUCCUGAGGGGCAGCGAGGCCGGCUGGUGCCGAAGCCGCCACCCUGGGAGGGGCAGACGAGGCGCACGUUCUCCUCGUCCUUUGGCAGCGGCCUGCCCGACCUGAUGUUGACCCGGAAACAUGAGAAAAGAGAGCAGACGCCAUCAGAGAUUGGCCUUAAAUAAACCAACAAACAGAAGGUCUCUGGAGAACUCUGCCGAAUGAGCUCUGUCUCUGAAGAUCUGGGUUGCAGACGUGGAGAGUUUAGCAGAAAGCAUUACGGAUCUGUGGAGCUUCUUAUAUCUAGUGAUGCUGAUGGAGCCAUUCAAAGAGCUGGACGGUUCCGUGUGGAAAAUGGCUCCGCUGGUGAGAAUACAGACUACACUCCGGGUACGUGGCACAGAACAGACGUGCAUUUGGAAAACCCAGAGUAUCAUACAAGAUGGUAUUUCAAAUAUUUUUUAGGGAAAGUUCAUCAAAAUUAUAUAGGUACAGAUGCAGAGAAGAACCCUUUCUUUCUGUCUGUUGUACUGUCUGACCAAAAUAAUCAGCGUGUUCCUCAGUACCAUUCAAUACUUUGGAGAAAAACAGGUACUCAGAAAAUAUGUCUCCCUUAUAGUCCCACAAAAACAUUAUCAGUGAAAUCUAUAUUAAGUGCUAUGAGUCUUGACAAAUUUGAGAAGAGCCCAAGGGAAAUUUUUCAUCCUGAGAUACAAAAGGAUUUAUUGGUUCUUGAAGAGCAAGAGGGAUCUGUGAAUUUUAAAUUUGGAGUCCUUUAUGCAAAGGAUGGGCAGCUUACAGAUGAUGAAAUGUUCAGCAAUGAAACUGGAAGUGAAAACUUUCAAAGAUUUUUGCAUCUCUUGGGUGACACAGUUACUUUGAAAGGCUGGACAGGCUACAGAGGAGGACUGGAUACUAAAAAUGAUACAACAGGAACCUGUUCCAUCUAUACAGUUUUUCAAGGGCAUGAAAUUAUGUACCAUGUUUCAACCAUGCUACCAUAUUCUAGAGAGAACAAGCAGCAGAAGAUAAUGCAUCAUCUCAUCUCUAUUAAGUUUAGGAAUAUUGUUUUACCAUUCUCUCACAGAACUGUGAAGGUAGAAAGGAAGCGACAUAUUGGAAAUGACAUUGUCACUAUCGUAUUUCAGGAAGGCGAAGAGUCUUCUCCAGCAUUCAAGCCAUCCAUGAUUCGCUCUCAUUUUACACAUAUUUUUGCCUUAGUGAGAUAUAAUAAGCAGAAUGAUAGUUACAGGCUGAAAAUAUUUUCCGAAGAAAGUGUUCCUCUCUUUGGGCCUCCCCUUCCCUCCCCACCUGUGUUUACAAAUCACCAGGAAUUCAGGGAUUUUGUGUUAGUGAAAUUAAUAAAUGGGGAAAAAGCCACCUUGGAAACCCCAACAUUUUCUCAGAAACGUCAACGCACUCUAGACAUGCUGAUCCGCUCUUUAUACCAAGACCUGAUGCCUGAUCUACACAAGGUAAAUAACAUGCUCAAUAGAAGGUCCUUCAGCGAUGUGUUACCAGAGUCCCCAAAAUCAACACGGAAAAAAGAAGAAGCUCGGCAAGCAGAGUUUGUCCGACUUGGUCAGGCAUUGAAAUUGAAAACCACUGUGAAAGGGGAUGCCAUGGCUAACUUGGCAACCACAAGCUUUUGUAAAAAGGAGCCUUGGGAAUCUCAAUCUUUCUGCAGUAAUUUUCCUCAUGAGGUUGUCUGUGCAGAUUCUUGGGGCCAGUCCUUGCUGGUUUCUACAGAUGCUGGCAUCUUGUUAAUAGAUGAUGGUCAACCAUCAGUGCAAGUAUUUGAUAAAACUCUCCAAAUAAAGCAGAUGCAUGUGUUGGAAGCUCUGGAUCUUUUGAUUGCCCGAACAGACAAAGGAAAAGACUCUCGUAUCCUUGUCUUCAGGCUCAGUGCUGUCCAAAAAGGUAUAGAAACAAAGCAAAUGAUAAGAAGCAAAUACGACUGCAGAGAAAAUAAACUGGAGAGAACAAAAGGUUGCCAUUUGUAUGCCAUUAAUACUCACCAUGGCAGUGAACUGAGGAUUGUUGUGGCUAUUCGGAACAAACUACUUCUCGUCACAAAGAAGCAUAAUCCACGCAACAUUUUAACCAGCAGCUCUCUGCUAUCAUCAUCUGAAUCUCCAGUAGAGGAGUUCCAGUACAUCCGGGAAAUAUGCCUUUCUGACCCUCCAGUGGUUAUGACACUAGUGGAUGGACCUACUGGAGACAGUGACAAUAUGAUCUGUGUAGCGUAUCGGCAUCAGUUUGAUUUAGUUAAUGAGAGUACUGGGGAGUCCUAUAGAUUGCAUCAUGUUGAAACAAACAAGGUUAAUUUUGUUGCAGCUAUUGAUGUAUAUGAAGAUGGUGAAGCUGGCCUACUGUUGUGUUAUAACUAUGUUUGCCAAUACAGAAAGGUAUAUCCUUUCAAUGGAGGUUCUCCACUGAUCCAGCCAUCGGCUUAUGACUUCCACUUCAGCUGGAAUCAAGUUCCUUAUGCUGUAGUCUGUGCUUUCCCUUAUAUCCUUGCCUUCACUACUGAUUCCAUUGAGAUCCGAUUAGUGGUGAAUGGAAACUUAGUCCACACAGCAGUUGUACCUGAGCUUCAACUUGUAGCAUCAAGGUCAGAUAUUUAUUUUAAAGCUACUGCUGCAGUAAGUGGAUCAUCUGACAGCAGCUCUAAGGAAAUGAGUUCAAGGAGUUCUCCUCAAACGCCAACAGCUUAUGACAUGCCAGAAUGUCCUCUUUCUUCUGUAGAAGGUGAAGUUCCAUGCAAAAACCUGUACAAAAUUCCUCUCAGUAAUCUAGUUGGGCGAAGCAUUGAACGACCUCUAAAGUCACCUUUGGCUCCCAAGGUUAUCACUACUACACCAUCCAGUGGCAUUGCCUCUCUUCCAGUUACUCACUCGCUAUCCUUAUCUCGUAUGGAAAUUAAAGAAAUUGCAAGCAGAACACGUAAAGAAUUGCUGGGCCUCUUGGAUGAGCCCAUACCCAAGACAGAAAGUGCACAGAAGCAAAAAAAGGUUCCUCGAAGACAGUCAGACCCCAAGCAGGGAGCAGUAAGAUCAACUAGUAGUGACAGGAUAAUCUCAGGCUCUUUUGAAAGCUAUUCUGAAGGACGUCAUCUUUCUACUAGCUCAGAUCCUGAUACUUUAGCAAACAGGGAGGAGAGCUCACCAUCUAGCUAUCCAUUUCAGCUGAUUUCUUUAUAUGAUGAAGACAUCAUUGACUUGAAGUGAAGACAGUCUUAAAACCUUUCUUCCUUACUUCACAUUUUCUUACAACUCCAUGAGCUCUAUGGGAAUGUCACAAACACUGCUUCUAGUGGUAAAAUGUGGCUGGAAGUAUUGGUGAUCAAUCUUUAUAGAACCCAUAUUGUUCUGACUAGCUCAGCCUGAUUUGAUGAUGCUUGUAUCUUUGACAUAGGUAUGUUUUCUUUUCUCAGUUAAUGAACCAUUACUUUUUGUGGCAUUCUAACAGUAGGUAAUCAAUGAGAGAUUUAGGCUGAAACUGAAGUAAAUAAAAAGUAUUACCUGUU